AUGGCGGCUGCUUUACCAAAUAAUCCCGACCUAGAAUGUUCCAUUUGUUUCGAAAGUUUUAAAACCCCCAAAAUUUUAUCCUGUGGACAUUCGUUUUGUCUCGAGUGUUUGGUGAGAUAUAUUGAUGGCAGAAAGAGGAUAUUUCCAUGUCCACUCUGUAAACAGGAUGUUAAAAUUCCACAAGGUGGUGUCCUCAAGUUUAUUACAAAUUUCUCUUUACAAACCUCAACGAAAACUCCAAAAACAACCCAACCAUCAAAAAAACAUAAUUGUCCAAAUCACAGUAAGAAGGAGGUAGAAUAUUAUUGUCAAACUUGUAAUUUAGGAUUGUGUUCUAAAUGUAUCUUUAAAGAUCAU